AUGAAGCGCAUCAUUUUGGGAAUUGGUGUUAGGGUAGAAGUAUGUGAUGAUUCAUCUUCAGGAUGCACAGACUUUCACUCGUCUUCUUCGCGGCGGCGCUCUCAAUCUCACCUUCUUCUUCGUCGUGACCGCCGUGCACCGCUCAAAAGCGUUCAUCCUCUUCUCCAAAUCUCCUUCUCAGAUUCGUCUUCAUUUUCUCCGUUACACACGUUCUGUUCUCCGAUUCACCUUCGCGGAUUCAAUCUUCGUUCAAGCUCCAUCUUCACGUCUCACAACAGCGCGAUACUAAGCCACGGAGAUUCAACCUUCAUCGCCUCCGCGUGGCUCACCUCCGUUCAUCAUAUCAACUCGCGGCGUGUUUCAAGUACGAUUUCGGAUUCAAACGAUACCUGA